AUGUCUGAUGGCCUCAGUGAGAUAGGUAGACGAUCUCUCAGUACCGGAGGGUCCUCAGUCGAGCUUAUCCUCAGCGAGAUCCCGUUCUUCAGCGUAGGCCUCCUUGGUUUCGGCGUUAUGACCUUCCUUCUGGCUAUGAAGAAGGUUAACUUGCUUUCGGUCUUCCUCUAUGCCUCGAUCCUGCUCAGCUUCAGCGGUGGUAUACUUGAUCUCAGCCAAAUUUUGACCCGAGGGACAGCAAAUGUCGAUCGAGGGCAAGGUGCCGACUCCGUUCGGGGAAUCAUAAAUACCCGAGAGGUCGUGUUCGCGUUCUCUGUCGGUCUCCGUUUCAUGUUCUACUGGACCUUGGUAGGAACAUGCCCACGCAGCGAGCGCAAGCCCCGGAACCGGAACACCCAACCACCACCGUCAUCAGAUGAUAGCAACCUUCAUUCCGCCAGUUGGAAUCGUUGGGGGAUUCAAGGCUUGGUCCUGAAGUACAUUUCCCUUCUGCUGGUCAUCCUCAUCCCUAUUCUGCAAAUCGUCUGGCGGGUGUCCCCCCAACAGUCCUUUAGCACAACGUAUAUUGCGGAGUCGGCGAUCGGGAUCGUCCUGUCCACCACAUUCAUUCUGAAAUUACUCUUGAACGUUUAUCUCUCUCCCCGGAAGCCUUGGUGGUUACAAUUUCGUUCGUAUCUCGCCCCAAUCGUAGGUUUGGCACUCAAUGUCAGCGUGGAUAUUGGUAACAUCUCCUCUUUUCGCUUCUCGGAGGGGACCCUUGGUCGCUUCUUACAGGCGAUAGAGAUGUAUAUCCUCGUGGAAUACCUUCUCAUCGCAACUUUCUACCGCCAAUCUCUACCUGGGAACAACUCGCCACUGCUGCCCACAUCCGCACAGGAGAAAGGCCCCCAGCGCCCAGCGGAAUUUGGGUCACCAAUCAACAAGGACAUGCCACCCAUACCGCCGUCACCCGUACCGAAGAGCCCAUCGCUUCCUCGGCAAGAGUUACCAACGGGCCCAAACAGUAGGUCGGGUCAUCAUUCUCACACAGCAUCCAUGCUUUCAAAUUGGAUUGCGUCGAGACGCACUUCACGACGACCUACCAGUGACGAUGGUCACCUUUGGGAUCGAGAUCUGGCAGACCAGGCGGAGCUAGGCAUGGCUGAUGGAGAUCUCGGGGUACCUCGACAAGAAACUCCUGACGUGGUGAGCCCCCUCGUGCAGGAGGCACUUGCCUACCAACAGAGCACCCCGGCGCCUGCCCCUGCGCCCCUCGGUCCCCGUUAUCCCAUACGCUCGUCCAGACGCACAGGUCUCAGAGCUAUCAGUGUAGUUGAUGUGCAGGCCAGGCCAACCGCUCCUUUGGAUGGGGCCGUUGUGCAGAGGGAGAGGGCAAAUACCGUACCGCUUGACGACGAUAGUCGUGUGUCCAUCUCAUCCUAUUAUGGGCUCGGAGGUUCACCGUCACUACCGCCUCCUCGGUUACUUCCUCUACUGAACCGAUUGUCUUCUGGCGCCUCGAGUGACGUAUCCAUCGGUGAAUUGCGCCGCCAACAAAGUGACCUCGACAAAAGUAUUGCCACUCUACGCCUUUUCUCCCCUCAAUCAACAACUCCCCCACCAAACCUCCUGACCUCAAGCUUCAGACAAUCAAUGGCACGAACAAGAAAUUCAGGAAAUACACUGGGUUCAGACGGCAGCUACAGAGCUGAAUCCGCUGCUGCCAGCGAGUUCUCUUUGAGCCAUUUCCCUGAUCCUCCGGAGGAAGAGGACUUGGCGAAUCCAAGGCCCCGAUCGAGAACCGGUACGCUCCCACCGCCAAAAGUCCCGCCAAUUGGGAUUCCUUCUCGUGAAUCACCUGAUUCUAGUUCACCGGAGCGUGCGCCUUCAACGCCGUGGUAUGGGUCAGCAGGAACGCAAGUCGACGUGACCUCGUUUCUCGGAGAAUGGUUGCCACCAAGUGGUACUAUGCCGCUCACGGGCACCCCCAACCCUUCUUCGAGUACACCUGCCCAACUCGACGCUCGAGAAGUACGGAGACCAGUGCUACGGCCACUACUCCUGGCGCCCUCCGCCGAUUCUAUGGUAGCGGCGCAAUCUGCGAUCGUGUACAACAGCCUCCCCGGCGCAACGAUCACGUCGCAACCCCCUAGUACUUCGCUACCUCGACCUGUCAGAACUGGCUUGCCGCCAAGACCUCGUAUUGCUAUCAGUGGGCCCACUGGACCGCGUCCAUCGCAGGCAAAGGAUUCAAUACCCCGACAACCAUCACUCAAACCACCUUCUAGAGAGAACAGUUGA